CCUCAUCUGCUAAAAUACUCAAUACUCUACUCUCAUCUCAUCAGACUGCCCAAAAAUGUCAGAGUUUCAGCUGAUCAAAGCCCUUAAUUUUCUGCUUCUGCUUCUACUCCUUCUCAUAGAUUCUGCAUAUUCCGAAAUUAUCUUCGAAGAGAGAUUCGAUGAUGGAUGGCAGAGUCGUUGGGUCCUAUCGGAUUGGAAGAGGAUUGAAGGAAAAGCGGGUACCUUUAAGCACACUGCGGGAAAGUGGGCUGCUGAUCCUGAUGAUAAAGGUAUUCAGACGUACAAUGAUGCCAAGCAUUACGCCAUAUCUGCAAAGAUACCAGAGUUUAGCAACAAGGACAGAACUCUUGUGUUCCAGUAUUCUAUAAAGUUUGAACAGGAUAUUGAAUGUGGUGGUGGUUACAUUAAGCUUCUUUCUGGUUAUGUCAAUCAGAAGAAAUUUGGUGGUGAUACUCCCUACAGUCUAAUGUUUGGACCAGAUAUAUGUAGCACGCAAAAGAAGAAGCUCCAUGCUAUAGUUUCAUAUCAGGGCCAAAAUUAUCCCAUCAAAAAAGAAAUACAAUGUGAAACAGACAAGUUAACUCAUUUCUACACAUUUAUCUUGAGGCCAGAUGCAAGUUACAGCAUCUUGGUCGAUAACCGAGAGAGAGAAACUGGAAGCUUGUACACAGACUGGGAUAUCCUUCCUCCACCGAAAAUCAAAGAUGUCCAUGCAAAAAAGCCAGCAGACUGGGAUGAUAGAGAGUAUAUUUUUGAUCCUAAUGAUGUCAAACCAGAGGGAUAUGAUUCAAUACCAGCUGAGAUCCCUGAUCCAAAGGCUAAAAAGCCCGCUGAUUGGGAUGAAGAAGAUGAUGGGAUCUGGAGAGCAAAAAAAGUCCCAAAUCCAGCAUAUAAAGGACCAUGGAAGCGCAAGAAAAUCAAGAACCCCAACUAUAAGGGCAAGUGGAAAACCCCAUGGAUUGAUAACCCAGAGUUUGAAGAUGAUCCUGACCUUUAUGUGUUGAAGCCAAUAAAAUAUGUAGGCAUUGAAGUUUGGCAAGUAAAGGCUGGUUCAGUGUAUGACAACAUCCUUAUUUGUGAUGACCCAGACUAUGCACGAGCAGUUGUGGAAGACAUAUGGGCUAAGAAUAAGGAGAUUGAAAAGGAUGCCUUUGAGGAGGCAGAGAAAGCAAGAAGAGCUAAGGAAGAGGAGGAUGGCAAAAAAGCAAAAGAAAAUGGUGACAAGAAGAGAGAUAGGGGGCGCCAUAGAAGGCAUGAUCCCCAUGACUACUUGGAUGACUACCAUGAUGAACUAUGAGAGCUGUCUGAAGGCAGCUAAUUUCAGUUUUGAGCUCCAUCUAAGAGAAAAGGUGAACUGUUCUACAAGGCUAAAUCAGCAUUGCUUCGCCAUGUAUGUUUGUUCAUUCCCAGUUGUUGUAUAACAGUUACGAUAUUUGUAACAUUAAAAUUGCAUACUGUGGGAACCUGUUAAUUGAUCCCUUGGGGCUUCAUAUGAGCCCUAUUUUUCGCUUUUGUCAAAAAUCUGUUUGUAAUCCGGAAGGUAUGGCAAUCUACCUUGUUAUUGGAGUUUGGAGUUGGAUAGGAAUUACAUUUGAGAAUUUAAACUUCGCUUUCAAUUGUGUUUA